AUGACAAAAAAAAUUCGCAAACCCAGGAAUAAAGCUACUUUAUCAAGCUCAGCAAAUUCAGCAACUGAACCUCCUUUUAACCCAAUAGAUAAUUCAUCAAGUUCAAGAAAUGAAAAACCUCAUAGCGGUGGGAAUAAUAAAGUCAUAUUUGUUACCACGCCAUCUAACAAUAACCAAAUUGGUUGGGGCUCAACGUCACAUAGUUUCUUAUUUACUAUUGCGAAAAAUGAUCUUAAUUCAGGAUACAUCGCAAGGGUUUCGAAAGAUAUUGAAAUUCAAAAGAAUGCUAUAUAUUAUAAAUCAGAUUUUGGACCAGCUUUUGGUAAUUUAUCAAUUAUUGAUAAAAGUAUUCAUCGAAAUAAUGAUCCUGAAUUUUAA